AGUCUUCAUCCCAAUGUCUAUUCUGUGAUUACCUAUAAAGUUGACUUGGUUUCAAAAUAUUUGAGAUUUCUUCGGAUUUAGCAUGAGCUGGAAAUAAAUUCAUUAUCCUACCCUCUUUCAGGAGAAUAAUUAAAAUUACUUAAACUUUAUUCGAAUUUCACAGCUGAUAGUUAUGCCACAUAACAUACAAGAAAACGUUUAAUAUGUUUUAUAAUUUUUAAAUAAUUUAGAUUGCAUAAUUUGUACGUGGACCAAUAAGAAAACGCCACCAAGCUGUCACUGACAGAUCCUAUACCAAUAUUUUUCACAUAUAGCGGAUUUAUUUUAUUAGGUGUUUUUUAAAACGUGGUAGGAAUUUAUAAGUAGAAUAAUUUACACAACCAAAGGUACAAGAAAAUGGAACUGCAAGCUGUUAUUUUAGUAGUUAUUAUGUCAGUUAUAGCUGUAAGCUCCCUAAAACCAAAUGAAUGUGAAGUUUGUAUCAAAACGUUAACAAAGUUUUCCGAUACAUUAGAUGACAGUACUAGAAAAGAUCCUAAAAAAAUUGAAAACGAGUUUAGAGAGUUCUGUAAAGGCUUGAAAAAUAAAGAAAAUCGAUUUUGUUACUACUUGGGUGGUUUAGAGGAAAGUGCUACUGGAAUUCUUGGUGAAAUGUCAAAGCCCAUGUCGUGGUCGAUGCCCGCUGAAAAAAUUUGUGAAAAAUUGAAGAAAAAAGAUGCUCAAAUUUGUGAACUUCAUUAUGAUGUAGAAAUUGAUUUAAAAAAUGUUGAUCUCAAAAAACUCAAAGUACGGGAUCUCAAAAAAAUUCUUAACGACUGGGGUGAGAAUUGUGAGGGGUGUAUUGAAAAAAGUGAAUAUUUAAGUAGGAUAGAAGAGCUAAAACCACGACACAUAGAAUUGUAAAUAAAGUGAUAAUCUAGGAUAUUUUGAGUAGCAUCAACAGACUGAUAAUUUUUUUGAGAGUUGAUGUGUAUAUUCGUUUUAUCCAAGAAGGGCAUAUGUUUGAAUAAUAAAUAGAUUUGUUCAGAAAUAUAUUGACACUUGUAUUGUUACUUAUCCAAUUUUUACAUCAUUUAUAAUACAAAUAAAUUGGUAAUUUUCACAUAUUUUUUCUUUAGUUGAAUUUUCACUAAAUUAUAUUUUAUUACACAGAAAAAAUUCCACUAAUAAACUUCAACCUCAAGCAGAUGAAAGUUUGAAUCCACUCCAUUUUUUACUUAACUCUCAUUCUUUAUUUGGCAAUAAAAUGACAUAUACAGGGUCUUCAAAAUAUCUGCUGUCAAAUAUAAACUACAGAUAAUUAAUGGGAUUUUAUGUUUAUCUAACUUUAUUCACCUUUAUCUGAAACGUCCUACCAUAGCCCUCUAGGAUUCCGCUGUUUAUAAAAUAUUUCUCCAAAAAUCUCAACUUAAGCUUGCACGUUAUAUAAUCUUGCAUCAAUAAAUUGUUUACCAAAAAGCUACGUUUUUAAUGGCCAUCACGACUAUCUAAGAGUGGAAAGGAAAAAUCUUGCAAAUUUAUUUUUCAAAAAAUUUUCCAAAAAAGGCAUCAGUUGUCCCUUUCAUAUUGAUCUUUUGAGACGGCGAUAUAUAACGCAAAUUUAUAAUAAAUAAUUUAUCACCACAGGAUUAUACAAAUCACAAGUUUAAAGAUUCUAGGUAGAGGGUUUUUUGGAGAUAUAAUUAAAUAACUCACUUAACAGUGAGUUAUUUAACGUCAUCUUAAAAGCGCACUAACUGUCUUAUGAGAAACUUUUUACACUUUGUUUGCCUAAAGAUGUCUGAACUAUAUUCUAAAUAUUAUUUCUUAGAAAUACACACAUAGUUUCAAGAGGAACAGGGAUGCAACACUGAAUUCUAUGCAUAACUAUCGAUAAUUGACUAUUUAAUAUGUUUAAAAUUAAUUUGUAACAAAACUGAACAUUUUUAACAGUUGAGUUUUUUCAAUUGAUAAACAAUAUUAUAAGUUUUCAGUAAAUUGUAUUAGGAGUAAAAUGAAGUCCAAUGAGUAGAUUAAUUUUUUAAUGAAAUUGUAAAAGAUGUCAAAUUUUUUAGCAAAAUAACUGAUCCACUCAAAAAAUUGCGGAUGCUACAUAAUUUUUGUAUUUAAAAUUUGAUUCCCUUAUGAUUUUAUUUUAUUAAAUGCACCAAAUUCUCUGUGAACUGUAUGUACAUCUUGAAAGUCCCACUACUCUAGCCACACAAUAGGCACAAAAAGAUUAAUAUUUUGAAUUACUAUUUGACAGAAACUAUAAUUGGUUUUUUGGUUGUACAAAUAAUACUACAUCUUUCUGUAACCCUCAUUUUGAUAAGUUUAAUUGCUAAACUUAUUACUUAAGAAACAAGUCUGCCUUUCUUAGACCCUUGUAUCUUUUACAACCAUUAAGCUAAUGUAAACAAAACAAGUGCAGAAUUUCACAUAUAUACAAUUUAAAAAAUAUAUUGUAAUCUAUACUAUAAUAACAAAUUUAAAAUGAACAAACUUCAUCAAUUUUUUUGAAUGGAUCGAUUAUUAUGCAGAUCAGUAAUGAAAUCAUUCCAUAUCAAAUUUCAUUUAUUCAAACAAAUGGUUUAACAACUCUACGAUUAUUAAAUAUUGAUCAGUUUAAAUAAACGUAUUUACUUCAUUAAAUGAAACUAUCAGUAUUUAAAAUAUUGUGUAUUUGUAAACUUUUUUCUAUUUAUUUCUGGUAGAAACUACGACAUUGUAUUCAGUUUUUGAAAUAAAAUAUUUUCGUUUAA